CUGUCAUAAAUUCUUAUCCAUGUAUUUCUGUCUGUCUGGCUCUGUUGUCAUUGUCAAUCCUAAUAGGCGGUAGUAGGGUAAGGUUUGGAAGGAGGACUUAUCUAGCUACUGCGCAGUCGGCGGAGGUAACUAAUUUAAUGAAUAAAUAGCUUGCGACCAAUUCAAAUUCAAUUCCCAUACACUAGCUAGCAAUCUAGCAAGCAGGUCGGUCGGUCACUGCCAGUUCUCCAUAUCUGACCCUCCCAUUUCUGUAAGAAUAGGAAAUAAGAUUACUAUUUGCAACAAUUUAAAGUACACAUUAUGGCUAAUUUGCUCUCCAUGCAGUUUUGUGCUACACUCAGAAAAUCUGGGAAUCUGAAGCCUCUGAGAAGCACUACUAAAGCACUGACAAACCAGCGAAGCUACAGUAGCAAAGAUGGAGAGUACCUGCAUAAAAGCAUUGUACCUACAAUGCACUACCAGAAGAGUUUACCCAGGCUACCAGUUCCAAAACUGGAGGAUACAAUCAAAAGGUAUCUGGCUGCUCAACGGCCUCUUCUCGAUGACGACCAAUUCAGUACCACAGAGAAACUGGCCCGUGACUUUGAGAAUGGAGUGGGAAAACAACUGCAUGAGGAGCUGGUAGCUCAAGACAAGCAGAACAAGCACACCAGCUACAUCUCAGCCCCAUGGUUUGACAUGUACCUCUCAGCGCGGGACUCUAUAGUGCUGAACUUCAACCCCUUCAUGUCCUUCAACCCGGACCCCAAGACGGAGUACAAUGACCAGCUAGUGCGAGCCACCAACAUGGUGGCCUCCGCUGUGCGCUUCAUGAAGACACUCCGCGCUGGACUCCUGGAGCCCGAGGUGUUCCACCUGAACCCAGCAAAGAGCGACACGCACAGCUUCAAGAAACUCAUCCGCUGGGUCCCCCCAUCCCUGUCCUGGUAUGGAGCUUUCAUGGUGAACGCCUACCCUCUGGACAUGUCUCAGUACUUCCGCCUCUUCAAUGCCACUCGCAUCCCUAAGCAAGGGAAAGACGAGCUCUUCACAGACCCGAAAGGACGGCACCUUCUGGUGAUGAGGCAAGGCAACAUGUAUGUGUUUGACGUGAUGGACCGCGAUGGGAACCUGGUGAAGCCAGGGGAGAUCCAGGCCCACCUGAAACACAUCCUGUCGGACCCGACCCCGGCUGCGGCUCACCCCCUGGGGCUGCUGACCAGCGAGAACAGGGACACAUGGGCAGUGCUGAGGGAGAAGCUACUGGCCGCUGGGAAUAGAGAGGUGCUGGGUCUUGUAGACAGCGCCCUCUUCUGUCUCUGUCUGGACGAAGAGAGCAUGAAGGACCACAUCCACGUCUCCCACAACAUGCUGCACGGGGACGGCACCAACCGCUGGUAUGACAAGUCAUUCAGCAUCAUCAUGGCCAAAUGCGGAAACGCCGCCAUCAACUUUGAGCACUCGUGGGGCGACGGCGUGGCCGUGCUGCGCUUCCAGAACGAGGUGUUCAAGGACUCUACGGAGAACCCUCUGGUGAACCCUGGCUCCCAGCCUGCAGCCGUGGACUCAGCCUCCGCCGUGAGGAGACUCCAGUUCAACUUGGACGCAGAGCUGGAGAACGGGGUCUCCAAGGCCAAAGAUAACUUCCAUGCUGCUGUUUCUAAACUCACCAUUGACGCCAUGCAGUUCAUGAAGGGCGGGAAGGAGCAGCUGAAGAAGAAGAAGCUGAGUCCGGACGCCAUCGCUCAGUUGUCAUUCCAGAUGGGCUUCCUUAGGCAGUAUGGACAGACGGUGGCCACAUACGAGUCCUGUAGCACCGCAGCGUUCAGACACGGUCGUACAGAGACCAUCCGGCCUGCUACCAUACACACACAGCGCUGUGCUCAGGCCUUCGUGCAACAGCCAGGAAAACACAGCAUUGACCAACUGAUAGGCAUGCUCAGCGAAUGCUCCAAAUAUCACGGGCAGCUCACCAAAGAGGCAGCCAUGGCCCAAGGCUUCGACCGGCACCUGUUUGCCAUGAAGUACUUAGCCAACUCCAAGGGCCAGGCCCUACACAGCUUGUACCAGGACCCAGCCUACGCAGCCAUCAACCACAACAUCCUCUCCACCAGCACUCUUACCAGCCCUGCUGUUAACCUGGGAGGCUUUGCACCUGUGGUGCCGGACGGCUUUGGGGUGGGCUACGGCGUCCAUGAUGAGUGGAUCGGCUGUAAUGUGUCUAGUUACCCAGAGCGUAAUGUUCAUGAGUUCCUGCAGUGUGUUCAUAAGUCUUUAGAGGACAUUUUCUCUGUUCUUGAAGGAAAGCCUCUCAGCUAAAGAAAAGUCCAUCUGACUUUUACCGCCACUACAAAUGCAAAAUUCUAACUUCCACUUCAGUAGAAUUUUCACCCAGUUACCCAUUCACAUCAAGUGAAAAUUCGACUGUAGUGGAAGUUGGGAUUCGCCACGGGGUGAUUUCGACUGCAGUUGUAUAGUACAUUGGGGUGAAUGUCAGGUUUUAAAGGCACUUUCCCUCAAGCGUAGAGUGUGGGUUGGAAGUGAUGGUAUGGAUUAAUAAGAGGGGAUACCCAACACAAGCUCUGCAUGGCUCAGUAGAGGGAAUAUUCCUAUACUGUCAGGUAGAUAACUAUGAAUGUCCAUAUCAAAUUCAUAAUAGAUGCCCAAGGAAAUACCAAUCAAAUACAUUCUGAAAAAAGAACAAUGAAAUCUCCAAGUGUGUUCGAACCAAUGUUUCUGUUCUUUCUAACUGGCAUUGCAAUGUAUCUAACAAGAGCCUAGUAAGUGAAGAUGUUUCACAUUUUAUACUAACUUUUAUAUUGGAGGCCAGUACGUUUGAAUGAAUGACCUCAUGUAGACCUCUAGUUUGAUAUGGAAAAUAAAUCUAUUCAUAUAUUGAUAAUGUAUGAUACUCAGAGUAGCACUUUGUUCUUGAGACCUUUUUUUUGCUGUGUAGCAAGCUUUGUCACAUGAUUUUUAUGACAAUUUAUAAUCUCCCCUUUGCUUUGUGAUGUGAAAAAUAUUUUAAAGCAAUACCUCAGACCUUUGCUGUUAAAAGGCAGAUUUAUUUCCUUUUAUGCCUUAUGGAAUGUUCACUGGUAAUUUAUUACACAACUUUACUGGGGUAGUGUAAAAUAAAAUGUUUACGAAUUGACAAAUGAAUAUACAUAUUUUCUCAUUGUA